CCCAUGGAACAGGGCUUGCCAGCUCGAGAGACAGCUAUGGCGCCGCUGCUGGAGUAUGAACGGCAGCUGGUGCUGGAACUACUGGACGCGGACGGGCUGGUGGUGUGCGCCCGUGGACUCGGCGCGGACCGGCUCCUCUACCACUUCCUCCGGCUGCACUGCCACCCGGCGUGCCUGGUGCUGGUGCUCAACACGCAGCCAGCCGAGGAGGAAUAUUUUAUCAAUCAGCUGAAGUUAGAAGGAGUUGAACAUCUCCCUCGCCGAGUAACAAAUGAAAUCACAAGUAGCAAUCGCUAUGAGGUGUACACACAAGGUGGUGUGAUAUUUGCAACAAGUCGAAUACUUGUGGUUGAUUUCUUGACUGAUAGAAUACCUUCAGAUUUAAUUACUGGCAUCCUGGUGUACAGAGCUCACAGAAUAAUCGAGUCUUGUCAAGAAGCAUUCAUCUUACGCCUCUUCCGACAGAAAAACAAACAUGGUUUUAUUAAAGCUUUCACAGACAACGCUAUUGCCUUUGACACCGGCUUUUGUCAUGUGGAGAGAGUGAUGAGAAAUCUUUUCGUAAGGAAGCUGUAUCUGUGGCCAAGGUUCCAUGUAGCAGUAAACUCAUUCUUAGAACAGCAUAAACCCGAAGUCGUAGAAAUUCAUGUUUCUAUGACACCUGCCAUGCUUGCUAUACAGACUGCUAUUCUGGACAUUCUAAAUGCAUGUCUAAAGGAACUGAAAUGCCAUAACCCGUCGCUUGAAGUUGAAGAUUUAUCUUUAGAAAAUGCUAUUGGAAAACCUUUUGACAAGACAAUCCGCCAUUAUCUGGAUCCUUUGUGGCACCAGCUUGGAGCCAAGACUAAAUCCUUGGUUCAGGAUUUGAAGAUAUUACGAACUUUGCUGCAAUAUCUCUCUCAGUAUGAUUGCAUCACAUUUCUUAAUCUUCUGGAAUCUCUCAGAGCAACAGAGAAGGCAUUUGGUCUGAAUUCAGGUUGGCUGUUUCUUGACUCCAGCACCUCAAUGUUUAUAAAUGCUCGAGCAAGGGUUUAUCAUGUUCCAGAUGCCAAAAUGAGUAAAAAAGGCAAACUGCCUGAAAAACUGGAGAUUAAAGAAGAGCAAGAAACAAGAAAGGAACUGGUCCUAGAAAACAACCCAAAAUGGGAGGCACUCUCGGAAGUAUUGAAAGAAAUUGAGGCAGAGAAUAAGGAGAGUGAAGCCCUUGGUGGUCCAGGACACGUUCUCAUUUGCGCAAGUGAUGACAGGACCUGUUCCCAGCUGCGAGAGUACAUCGCUGUCGGAGCAGAGGCCUUCUUGUUGAGGCUCUACAGGAAAACCUUUGAGAAGGACAGCAAAGCCGAAGACGUGUGGAUGAGGUUUAGGAAGGAGGAUGGCUCAAAGAGAAUUAUGAAAUCCAACAGAAAGCCCAAAGGCCUCCGAAACAAAGACAGGGCUUCUGCCAAAGAGAGGGCUUUCAAAAAGAAGAAACCAAGGCUGACUUUAACUCAGAUGAUGGAACAGUCUGAAGAACUGGAGGAGGAGGGGUGUGUGGAGGAGCGAUGCCCGAGAGACCUAAGCAGUAGCCCCGAAAGCUGCUUAGAAGAAAUUAAGCACGAGGAGUUUGAUUUAAACGUGUCCUCUGAUGCCGCGUACGGAAUCAUGAAAGACCCCCUCACCAUUAUCCACCCACUCCUGGGCUGCAGCGACCCCUACGCUCUGACACGGGUGCUCCACGAGGUGGAGCCAAGAUACGUGGUCCUGUACGACGCAGAGCUGACCUUCGUGCGUCAGCUUGAAAUUUACAGGGCAAGUCGGCCUGGGAAGCCCCUGAGGGUUUACUUUCUUAUAUACGGAGGUUCAACCGAGGAACAGCGCUAUCUCACUGCUUUGCGGAACGAAAAGGAAGCUUUUGAAAAACUCAUAAGGGAAAAGGCUAGCAUGGUUGUCCCUGAAGAAAGAGAAGGCAGAGACGAAACGAACCUCGACCUCGUAAGAGGCUGUGUAUCUGCAGGUGCUCCCACCGACACACGCAAAGCUGGCGGCCAGGAACAGAAUGGUACCCAGCAAAGUAUCGUUGUGGACAUGCGCGAGUUUCGAAGUGAACUCCCAUCUCUGAUCCACCGUCGGGGCAUUGACAUUGAGCCAGUGACCUUAGAGGUCGGAGACUACGUUCUGACUCCAGAAAUGUGCGUGGAGCGCAAGAGCGUCAGUGAUUUGAUCGGCUCUUUGAACAAUGGCCGCCUCUACAGCCAGUGUAUCUCCAUGUCCCGCUACUACAAGCGGCCGGUGCUUCUGAUCGAGUUCGACCCCACUAAGCCUUUCUCUCUCAUGUCCCGAGGUGCCUUCCAUCAGGAGAUCUCCGGCAACGACAUCAGCUCCAAGCUCACGCUCCUCACGCUGCACUUCCCCAGGCUCCGGAUCCUCUGGUGCCCCUCCCCGCACGCCACCGCGGAGCUGUUUGAGGGGCUGAAGCAGAACAAGCCACAGCCGGACGCGGCGACGGCCAUGGCCGUGACAGCCGAUUCCGAGACCCUCCCUGAGGCAGAGAAGUAUAAUCCCGGUCCCCAGGACUUCUUGUUAAAAAUGCCAGGGGUAAAUGCCAAAAACUGUCGCUCCCUGAUGACCAACAUUAAGAACAUCGCCGAGUUAGCAAGCCUGUCCCUCGACAAGCUGGUGCUGCUGCUGGGGAACGCGGCAAAUGCCAGGCAGCUCUAUGACUUCAUUCACACCUCCUACGCGGAGGUCAUCUCCAAAGGGAAAAUGGAAAAAUGAACGGUGGUGCCUGUUUUCUUAUCCCGUGACUAUGCUUCUCAGCUGCUUCUUGCCCGCCCUCACAGAUCUUUAUUAAUUAUUAGCCCAGUAGCUCAUUCUCUGCCAGUCUUUGAAUGAUUAGGCUGUUUCCUGGGUCAGGGGACCAGCGGCCAAGGCUGGGCUCUGAACUUUG